UUUCCUCGAUGGUUAAUGGAUUUGUCAACAACACUCCCUAAGUUAGCGAGUUUGGAAUUUAAUUACUGCAACAGAUGCAGAGAACUGCUUCCCCUACAAAACUCUACGUCUCUUAAACAGCUGGAGAUUUGGGGUUGCCGUGGGUUGACGAAUCUGCCCGGUGACAUGCUACACUCUUGUAUCUCUCUCCAGAAGCUUCGAGUGACUUAUUGCGACAAUCUUAUCUCCUUUCCACUUGAUUUGCAACGAAUGCCUUCUCUUUUGGAGCUGGAAUUAUACAGGUGUCCCAAACUGAAAACAAGUAUGACGCCCAAAGGAUUUGGCUUCCUAACCAGUUUACGGGAGCUUAUCAUUGGUCCCUUUUCAGAUGAUGAUGAUGAUGAAAAUUCUUCAAUUUAUAAUGAAUUUGAUUGGUCUGGAUUGAUAUCCUCCUCCUCCUCCUCUUCGUCAUCCGCACUCCGUCGAUUAGAAUUAUUUGGGUUGCCACACAUGGAGUCCCUGCCACAUCAGCUCCAAUACUUGACCACUCUCACGUCACUAACGCUACAUGACUUUGGAGGUAUAAAAGCUCUGCCAGAUUGGUUUGGAAACUUUGCGACUCUUGAAGAACUGGAUUUAUUUGAUUUCAAAGACCUUCAACAUUUACCCUCUGAGGAGGCCAUGAGAAGUCUCACGAAAUUAAAAAGUCUAUCGGUUUCUGGUUCUCCUCUGUUACAAGAAAGAUGCACUCCUAAGAGCAGCGGCCCUGACUCCCAGUGGUCCAAAGUUACUCAUAUUCAAUAACUAGACAUAAAUGGUUAACAGUUCAUCUUCAAAUCGAAUUCAAUCAUUGGUAUUAGGCUCAGAGCGCCCGGGGGACCUCAAUGGCUUAAUUACUUCUGUACAUAUCAAUAUCCUGUUAUUCUUUCUUCAACCGCAUCAUUUUCAAACUGGAGACAAACAUAUAGAAUGCACUCUCUUUUGCUUCUAAGUGACUGAGAUGGCCAAAGUCUGAGAUCUACAUUGUGAAAGUGGUGCCUUCAAACUGUUGGUCAUGAUAUGAGGUAGCAAUUCACUGAUUAUGGACCUCAAUUGCUUUUCUGUCUCAGACUGCUUGCCUCUCAAAUUAGCCGCAAUUAGUUGCAGAAAAUUGUCAGUCUAUCUUGUGACUACUUAUCGUCUGUUAGUUGGCCUCCACAAGCUG